CAAUAUUGCAUAAUAUUUGUCUAAUCUUUAUCGAUGGAGAGAAAAGAUUGUUAUUUCCUUGUAUGUAUAUAUUCCCUUUAAUUUUCUGAUUCAUGAUCUUCUAGUUUAGGGAAGUUAGGAUUAUGCUUAAUGUAUUUAUACUACAGAGAAACAGCAAGAAAAGGCAGAAUGAGUUUUUUCAAUAUACUCGUUUCUUACAUGGUACCAGAGCGAGGAUAAGACUUGACGAAAUUCACCAUGACUGGUGAAGAAAACAAAAGUGGCGUUGGAGGAUCAAACACCACUGAUAAGAAGAUGUCGGGGCCUUAUACAUUGACGUCAAACGACAACCCGGGUAAUGUUAUUACCCAAGUACGGCUGAAAGGCGAAAAUUACGACGAAUGGGCACGGGCUGUGCGCACAUCUUUGCGAGCCAAGAAGAAAUAUGGCUUCGUUGACGGAACCAUCGAACGUCCCACCGAUGAUUCACCAGAUAUUGAAGAUUGGUGGAGUGUUAAUUCAAUGCUUGUUUCAUGGAUUUUUAACACCAUUGAACCAACACUUCGAUCUACCAUAUCCUACAUGGAAGAUGUGAAAGAUCUUUGGGAAGAAAUAAAACAACGUUUCUCUGUGAGCAAUGGACCUCGAGUACAACAAAUAAGAUCAGACCUUGCAAAUUGCAAACAAAAUGGGCAGAGUAUUGUUACUUACUAUGGUCGGCUCAAGUCUCUUUGGGAUGAAUUGAACAAUUAUGAUCCAAUUCCAGUAUGUGAAUGCGCGGGGUGCAAGUGCAAUGUUACCACUAAGUUGAACAAGAAACGAGAAGAAGAAAGAAUCCAUCAAUUCUUAAUGGGACUCGACGAAGGUGGAUAUGAAACAGUACGGUCCAAUAUAUUGAGUGCCGAGUCAUUACCCAAUCUGAAUCGAGUUUACGCCAUGGUGGUGCAGCAAGAGCAGGUGCAAAUAAUGACUUCGACGAAGGAAGAAAGAGGGAACCCCAUGAGCUUCGUGGUGCAGGCCGGUCGAAAUUCAGGGGGGGAGAGAAAGGAGAAGCCUUCGACGUGCUCGAUUUGCAAAAGAAAGGGACACGAUGCUGAAAAUUGUUUCCAACGAAUUGGGUACCCGGAGUGGUGGGGUGAGAGACCCCGUACAACAACUGGAGGACGCGGUAGUACAAAUGGUCGUGGUACUCAACAAAAUUAUGGAAGGGGGCGUGGAGGUGCAGCUCGAGCCCACGCAGCACAAACUCCGAGUUUUGAUGGAACAAGAAAUAUUGUGACAAAUUCCGAUAGAACUGGAAUUACCGGCCUCAGUAAUGAACAGUGGUCCGCUCUCCUCAACAUCUUGGAUUCUCACAAAGAUGGUAAUACGGAAAGAUUGACGGGACCGCACUUCGACGAUGCUGAUUGGAGCGGGUGAACAACGGGAGGGGCUUUAUUUUCUUAAAGAGGUCACUCCGGUGCGAGUAUACUCGAC